AUGACCAACGUGGGAAUAAAACGAAAACUUGAUGAAACAAGCUUCGGUAUGAUUAGUAAUACCUAUUGCAGUACCAUAUAUGCGGGAGGAGAAGAUGAUCCCACUCUCAUUGAAGAAUGUAUUCUCGUUGAUGAAGACUCCACCUCUCCACUUACUCCAACUCAGAGCCCUCUGAUAUAUUUUGAUCAAGGAAAUACACCACCUAGAGAUCUCAAAAAGAUUAAACAAUCAAGUAAUGAUCAUGGUAGUCCAACAGGAUCACCAACUACCAACAACAACACAACCACUCCUAAUACCACCUCUAAAUCCUCACUUCAGUUGACCUCUAAGAGAAAUUCCACCUCACCUCCACGACGACUUCGUAGUUUUGAUUGUAAUUUUAAAGCAACGAAAGGUCUUUAUGCCAAUGUUUCAUUCGUUUUGAAGAAUGUUGGUAGCUCUCUAAGUUCAAAGAUGGAAGAACAAAUUGUAAAUAUUAUCAGUAAUCCAAUUUUGAAGAAUUCAGAUAAUAUCAAGCUCAACAACAAUGAUAUUUAUCUUGAAAUUAAGGACUUUGCCUCUGAUGAAAGUCUCUCACUCUAUAAGGAUUUGAAAACCAAUCAAUUUUUUGAUUACAUUCCACAAUUUGAAGUGUGUGGUAAGGAUGAACAAUCUAGGUAUAUCUUGUGUUAUUUGAAGGGAAUGUUAGUGAGAAAGAAUGAGAUUGCUGUUGUACCCAUUCCUGGUCAUACGCAUCAAAUUUUGGUCUUUGAUCAUACCAAUGACAAGUCAUAUUCAAAUACUUCAUGUAGCCUUGAAGGUUGUUUACUUGAUGAUUUUGAAUUUGAUACAAAGUUAAGUUGUAUCAUUGUUCCCAAGUUUGUCAUGGCUCUCGAUUUAGAUGAAACACUCAUUAGAACUAGAGCUUUGAAUGCAGGUGAGACUGUUCAAAACAAUGCUUUUGAAUUUGAAUUUUCAGUGCAGAAUCAAAGGUAUUGCUGUUGUGUACGACCUGGUACUCAACAACUACUUUCAUGGUGUUGUACCGUGUUUCAAGUUUACAUUUUUACAAAUUCAAUUUUCGAAUAUGCCAGAGAAAUUUGCAAAAUUUUAGAUCCUCAAAAACAACACUUACUUGCAAACGUAAAUGUUGAUGACAUGAAUUCUCUCAAGACAAUGCUAAAAUCACGAGAAGAUAUGACCCCACAUGAACAUAUUCCAAAACCUCUAGGGAUGAAAGAUUUGAAGAAGUUCAGCAUUGAUGCUUUUGAAACAGUGAUUUUUGAUGAUGAUUCAACCAUUUGGAAGCAACAAGAAUGUGUCUUACCUUUUGCAGAAAUUGUACAACACAGAAAACCACUCGAAUUCUUUACAGCCAUCCGAACUGAGUCUUGGAAGAAGCUGCAAUAUCUUCACAACAUGAAACUUCGAUUAAGGAAAAAGCAUGAAGCAUCCCUAAUGAAUCAUGUACAAUCUACUGCCAACAACAAUUCUGCCAAUAAUAAUGGCAUGACCAAGCCUACGUUUGCCAUUCCUGACCGACCCUGUAUCACACUCUCUCAAGAAAUUGCAUUGAAUGGCUCUUCAAAAGGUGUUUUCGAGAUGAACGCUGCAAGUUCAGUAUUUGAGUCGUCAUCCUCUUCGUUGCCUUCAUCUUCAAAUAAAUCCAGCAAGUAA